AACACCCGCACGUGCCUGUAACACAACGUCAUCAUAUGUAAACAGCAAAAUCUCCAUUUUCACCACCCACCUCCUUUUUCUUUAACCAUGGUUAAAACCCUGAACCAUUAACCGCGAUUUGUUGCUUCCCUGAUCGCCUCCGUACAUUCACCAGCAUAAAUACUCCCACCUAGCUCACUCAUUUCUUGUUCCCUAUCUCCCUCUUAACAAUAACCAAGCAACAAGAAACCAAAGAACGAAAGGCCCAAAGCCCUCUUUUCUUUUUUAUUCAUUUUGCUUGUAUCUCUCUGAGAAAUUUAGCUCUGCGUACGGACUGGGUUUUUCUCAGAAACCCUAAUUUUCAGGUCCCAGGCCUCAUAAAGUCUGCACUGUUUCAAAAUGAGUAUUCAAAGCAUUUUUCUGAAUCCCCUUUAAUGCCCCUCCAUGUUUCAUUUUAUGUUAUUAAUCAUUUAUUUUCUGUUUUAUCUUUUUUUCUGCUUUUUGCUUGCACACAAUUUUUGACGCCCUGCCCCUGGCACACAUAUCCCUUGGAAGUUCAAACUCACUGUUCUUCCACUCCCUUCAUCUUAGCUCUUUGACUCUUCUCUUCGGCUUCCUUACAGGUAUCUGAUUCGAUCCUCUAUAUCUUCAUCCAUCGUCCUCUAGAAAGAAGUUCAAAGCUCAUUGCUUUCAUCCACUGUCUUCUAGAAAAAGUUCAAAGUUCAUCGCUUUCAUCCACCGUCUUUCUGUUAUUUUAUUCCAGUUCCUCCCUCUUUUUGACUUGUUCAAAGAUUUUUAUUUUUAUCUUCUCUCUUACAAGAGAGAAACAAAUGAGCAAAUCAAGUUGAGAAGCAUGAAAUGUUCGAGUACAAAAGUAUGACGGAGAUUGAGUUCAGUUCAGAAACAAGGAAUUCAUCGAGUCCAAGUUCAAUGAGUGGUGAAAGCCGUAGCAGCUUUAGUCGUCUCUCUUUUGAGCUCCCAACGUCUCGGUCGUCCCCAGAGAACCUUUCUCUCAAACCCCAUCGAUCUUCCGAUUUCGCUUACUCCGCUAUCCGCUCCGCCACCUUCGCCCGCAAAACCGGCCUCACGAUCCGCGAUUUCCGAAUCCUCCGCCGCAUCGGCUCCGGCGACAUCGGAACUGUCUACCUCUGUCGGCUGGACAACGUGGAUGAAAAAUGCUAUUAUGCGAUGAAGGUGGUGGAUAAGGAAGCGUUGGCGAUGAAGAACAAAGUGCAACGUGCUGAAAUGGAGAAGAAGAUCUUGAAGAUGCUGGACCAUCCGUUUUUGCCUACUUUGUACGCUGAGUUUGAAGCUUCUCAUUUCUCUUGCAUAGUUAUGGAGUACUGUUCAGGAGGUGACUUGCAUUCGCUUGGACAUAAGCAACCUCAAAAACGGUUCUCUUUGAACUCUGCAAGGUUUUAUGCAGCUGAGGUUCUGGUAGCUCUAGAGUACCUUCACAUGCUAGGCAUUAUUUACAGAGACCUAAAACCGGAAAACGUUUUAGUAAGACCGGACGGUCAUAUCAUGCUCUCAGAUUUCGACCUUUCACUUUGCUCAGACGCGAUCCCAACAGUUGAAUCACCGUCAUCCUCGCCGGAUCCUACGUCUCCACAGAACCAGCCCCGCACUCAUUCGCAGCCGACACGUCUCUCCUGCCUCUUUCGUAGGCUCUUCCGGUCGAAGAAGAUCCAAACGCUAACACCCAGCAAGCUCUUCUUCGUAGCAGAGCCUGUCAGUGCCCGGUCGCGCUCCUUCGUUGGGACCCACGAGUACGUUUCUCCCGAGGUGGCGUCAGGUGGGUCCCAUGGUAACGCCGUUGACUGGUGGGCCCUCGGGAUCUUCAUCUACGAGAUGAUCUACGGGUACACGCCUUUUGCGGCUCCAUCAAACGAGCUUACGCUGCGCAACAUUGUGAAAAGGCCACUCAUUUUCCCAACCCACUCGCCUUCUUCUCUUCUUGAGCACCACGCGCGGGACCUCAUAUCCGGAUUGUUAAACAAGGACCCCAAAAGUCGGUUGGGAUCCAAACGCGGAGCUGCCGACGUGAAAACGCAUCCUUUCUUUAAAGGACUCAAUUUCGCGCUUAUAAGGUCGCUUACGCCGCCGCAGAUUCCGCAGUUAAGGCGGCAAUCAACGACGUCGCAUUACCACCCGAAGAGCGAGCAUCAAUCGACCUCUAUUGAUUACUUCUGAGAUGCUCAGCGGCGACGAUUGCGCCACGUUCAGUCGGCUCUGCCAGAUUUUAUCACCGGCGGAUGACAGAGUCUUUUAUUUUUUUAAAAUUUUUUGGUCUGUUGACGGGUUUUUUAACUUUUGUUUAGGUUGACUAUGUAUGGGAGAUUUGCAUACCUAAUUACGUAAAUAGAUAAUGGGAAAAUAUUAAAAAAAAAGGAAAAUAAAGGAAUGGAUUAUCAUUUAUGGGUUGAUGAGGAAUUUUUUUAUUUAUUUAUGCAAAGCCUAAGCAUCCGCUUAUUAUUUAUUUGUUUAGGACGACAUUGGACCGUAGAGAAAGGGAUUGAAGGCUCAUGGUAGCAGCAGCAAUAAUAAAUUUAAAUAGAUAACCAAUUAUCAUCAAUGCAAGUACCAAGUACCUAGGUUAUUAUUGCUUGCUAUAAUGAGCCGUUUGAUAGACUAUAUAUAAUUGAUAUGUCAUUUUGCUCUAUUAAGAAGGGAUUCCCUUUUGGUAAUG